AUGUUGGUUAUAAUCUCAUGCCUGAUCACGCUUAUCAUUCUCUACAAAACAAUUGAUUGGUUGCUACGGUUACCUACUGUUGAUGGCAUAUCAUCCAAAUAUGUUCUUGUCACUGGAUGCGACUCUGGAUUUGGUUAUCAACUCGCCCAACAAUUGGAGAAGAAAGGAUUCUAUGUGUUUGCCACAUGCCUGACUGCAUCUGGAGAACACAAGUUGAACUCAGUUACCUCAGAGCGAGUAAAGACGAUUAGAAUGGAUGUUACAAGCAGUUCAAAUAUUAAAGAAGUCGCUGAAAUGGUUAAGAAAUUCCUCCCAGAAAAUACAGGUUUAUGGGGCUUAGUGAAUAAUGCUGGUGUCACUGGAGUGGGUGGGCCAUGUGACUGGCACACUAAAAAACACUAUUCAGAUUGUUUUGAUGUCAAUGUUUUUGGUAUGAUUGAAAGCACUAUUGCGUUUUUGCCAUUGAUUAAGAUCAGUCAAGGUAGAAUUGUCAACGUCUCCAGCGUGAUGGGACGCUUUGCUGUUUCUGGGCCAUAUUCAGUAUCCAAAUUCGCCGUUGAAGCUUUUUCAGAUGGCUUAAGGAUUGUGAUGCGAUGUUUCGGAGUGUCUGUAAGCAUUAUUGAGCCUGGAUUUUUUCGCACUGAGAUGGUUACUUAUGAUAACAUCGUGAAACCACUGGACCAAGUAUGGAAGAAUUUGAAUACUGAAAUACAGGAGGAGUAUGGGGAGGAAUUCUUUGAAAACUUGAAAUCCAACACUGCCAAGGCAUUGGAAUUAUGUUCUGACAAGACAUACUUGGUAGUUGAUGCAAUGGUACAUGCACUUACAUCGGUGAGACCAAUGACGCGAUAUUCCGUGGGAUGGGAUGCAAAACUUGUGUGGAUCCCGCUUUCUCUACUGCCGUCUUGUAUAUGUGAUCCCAUUCACCUCUAUUUAAACAAUUUUUCUCUGCCAAAGAUAAUGCAAAAGAGGCAGUAGUGGAAGUUAAGUUAUGGUUAAUACUGCAGUCAUUCCAUUUUUUUAGUGCAGGUGACAGCUGAAUAUUAGAGUCUUGUACGUACCAUAUUUGCUCACAUCGAAGCAUACCCUGUAAAAUUGAUAUAUUGUAAACGAGAUCAUUAAAAAUAUGUCUUACUAU